GGGGGUCGGGGCUCCGAGGGGCCGCCGCCGCCGCCGCCGCCGCCAUCGCCAUGAAGUCGCGAUUCAACACCAUCGACAUCCGCGCGCUCCUCGCCGAGCUGAACGGCAGCUUACUGGGAAUGAGAGUGAACAACGUUUAUGAUGUGGACAAUAAGACAUACCUCAUCCGCCUUCAGAAGCCGGAUGUUAAAGCCACCCUGUUACUCGAAUCAGGCAUUCGAAUCCACACAACCGAAUUUGAGUGGCCGAAGAAUAUGAUGCCUUCUAGCUUUGCGAUGAAGUGCCGAAAGCAUCUGAAAAGUCGAAGAUUGGUCUCUGUGAAACAACUCGGCGUGGACAGGAUUGUGGAUUUUCAGUUCGGAAGCGAUGAAGCCGCUUAUCAUCUCAUCAUUGAACUUUAUGACAGGGGGAACAUCGUUCUGACAGACUACGAAUACCUAAUUUUAAACAUCCUGAGGUUUCGCACCGAUGAGGCAGAUGAUGUCAAGUUUGCUGUACGAGAACGAUACCCAGUUGAUCUUGCUAAGGCCCCCGAACCUUUAUUUACCUUGGAAAGGUUGACUGAAAUAAUAUCCAACGCACCCAAAGGAGAGCCAUUAAAGAGAGUACUUAACCCACAUCUCCCCUAUGGAGCCACCCUCAUUGAACACUGUCUCAUAGAAUCUGGAUUUCCUGGCAAUGUCAAAGUGGACCCACAGUUUGAAAUCAAAGACAUCGAAAAAGUGCUUGUCUGUUUGCAGAAGGCUGAAGAGUAUAUGAAAAUAACAACCAACUUCAGUGGAAAGGGGUAUAUUAUCCAGAAAAGAGAGAAAAAACCAAGCCUGGAGCCAGAUAAACCAGCAGAAGACAUCCUCACAUAUGAGGAAUUUCAUCCUUUCUUGUUUUCUCAACAUUCAAAAUAUCCGUACGUGGAGUUUGAAUCUUUUGACAAGGCAGUGGAUGAAUUUUAUUCCAAGCUAGAAGGUCAGAAGAUAGAUUUGAAAGCUUUACAACAGGAAAAGCAAGCAUUGAAGAAAUUGGAAAAUGUGCGUAAGGAUCAUGAGCACAGAUUAGAAGCUCUUCACCAGGCUCAGGAAAUCGACAAAGUGAAAGGCGAACUCAUAGAAAUGAACCUGCAGAUCGUAGACCGAGCGAUCCAGGUGGUCCGCAGCGCUUUAGCCAACCAGAUAGACUGGACAGAAAUUGGGCUCAUUGUAAAAGAAGCCCAGGCCCAGGGAGACCCCGUGGCGAACGCAAUCAAAGAACUGAAGCUCCAGACCAACCACGUUACCAUGUUGCUCAAGAAUCCAUACGUAAUGUCUGAGGAGGAAGAUGAUGAUGGAGAAGAUAUUGAGAAAGAGGAAACAGAAGAACCAAAGGGAAAAAAGAAAAAGCAAAAAGACAAACAGCUUAAGAAGCCUCAGAAAAACAAGCCGUUGGUCGUAGAUGUGGAUCUCAGUCUGUCAGCAUAUGCCAAUGCUAAAAAAUAUUACGAUCAUAAGAGACACGCUGCCAGGAAGACCCAAAAGACAGUUGAAGCUGCCGAGAAGGCAUUCAAAUCUGCAGAGAAGAAGACAAAACAAACACUAAAAGAGGUUCAAACGGUUACUACUAUUCAGAAAGCAAGGAAGGUGUACUGGUUUGAGAAGUUUCUGUGGUUCAUUAGCUCCGAGAACUAUCUGAUCAUAGGCGGGAGAGAUCAACAACAGAAUGAGAUGAUUGUGAAGAGAUACUUGAAUUCAGGGGAUAUUUAUGUUCACGCUGACCUUCACGGAGCAACAAGCUGUGUGAUCAAGAAUCCAACAGGCGAAGCGAUUCCCCCGCGGACGCUGACUGAGGCUGGCACCAUGGCUUUGUGUUAUAGUGCGGCCUGGGAUGCCCGGGUGAUCACCAGUGCUUGGUGGGUGCACCAUCAUCAGGUGUCGAAAACAGCACCAACUGGAGAAUACUUGACAACAGGAAGCUUCAUGAUACGAGGAAAGAAGAACUUUCUUCCUCCCUCCUACCUUAUGAUGGGGUUUAGCUUCCUGUUUAAGGUGGAAGAAACUUGCGUCUGGAGGCAUCGAGGCGAGCGAAAAGUCAAAGUGCAGGACGAAGACAUGGAGGCGGUGACCAGCAGUACUAGUGAGCUUGUUUCAGAGGAAACGGAGCCAUUAGAUGUGGCAGAUGGCGAUGAUAGCAGCAGCGAAGAGGAAAAAGAGGAGCCUCCGGAAACUGUGAAGGAAACGGAUGACGGGGCUCCGACUGGCCCGGAGAAUGCCACUAUUCAAAAUGGCCGCAACCGGCCGAACAAGGCCCAGACGCAAGAAGGGAGCUCGGCAGAUGAGGACGAUGGAGCGUCUGAAGAGGGAGCGGGAGCAAGCCAACAGCCAGCAAGCGCAGGGAAGGAUGAAGCGGAAGAGAUGUUAAGUUAUCCGGACACGUCUAUUGACCUGUCCCACCUUCAGUCCCAAAGAUCUGUCCAGAAGACAACAGCGAAAGAGGAUGCGGCCAGUGGGGGUGCAAAUAAGUCACAUGGCCGGAGACAUCUGUCAGCCAAGGAGAGAAGGGAGAUGAAGAAAAAGAAGCUACCAAAUGAGGAACCGGAAGACUUGGAGGCGACCGAAGGGAAAGAGAAAGAGAGCAACACCCCCCAGCUUCCAGCCAGCCUGGACCCCAGCAAGAGUGCUCCAGCCUCGCAGCCGAUAAAGCGGGGGCAAAAGAGCAAAAUGAAAAAGAUCAAGGAAAAAUACAAAGACCAGGAUGACGAAGAUCGUGAACUAAUCAUGAAAUUGCUGGGUUCUGCAGGCUCAAGCAGAGAAGAAAAGGUUAAGAAAGGGAAAAAAGGGAAAAAAGAGUUGGCCGUCUCUAAGAGACCCAAAGGAGGCCCCAAGGCCGGGAUUAAGAAAGAAGCCCUCACGGUAGAAACUGUGGCCCAAGAAGUGCAGGAGCUUGCCUUGGACGAACAGCGAGAUGACAAGCUGGAAGAGCAAGACCAGGAGCAGCAGGGACACGAGGAAGCAGAGAACCUGCUGGAUUCUCUCACCGGACAGCCCCACACUGAAGAUGUGCUCCUCUUUGCCAUCCCGAUAUGUGCCCCUUACACUGUCAUGACAAACUACAAGUACAAAGUGAAGCUUACUCCUGGAACACAGAAGAAAGGAAAAGCUGCUAAAGUGGCCUUGAAUAAUUUCAUGCAUUCCAAAGACGCUACCACAAGAGAAAAAGAUUUAUUCCGCAGUGUAAAGGACACUGAUCUAUCAAGAAAUAUUCCUGGCAAAGUAAAAGUGUCUGCACCCAAUUUGCUCAACCUGAAAAAGAAGUGACAGAGAGAGCAUUUGAAAAUUGUCAAUACUCCGACUGUUCAGAGGGGACAAUGAUCAGGACUGCUUCAUUUGGCUAAUAAAGACACCCUUGUAUAUUUA